AUGACGACCGCAGACGAGCCACCAUCCGUGCCAAUCGUUCCCCCUACAGCGAGGGCUGCUAGCAUCAAGCCCCUAAGGACGUGGCGCCUUAGGCAGGAUGGUUAUCCCCGCAGAAUGAUGGCUGUUUCAGUCGAGCCAAAGGCCGCGGCCCUGGAGAAAACAAAUGAGGGUAUCAUUGACGUCUACCACGGAAGGGACCCCCCUUUUUCGGCCAACGGUCUGUCCUUUCUCAUGGAAUUCCAUAAGGACCACUCGGCCAUCGACCUAUACGGCAUGACCCCUGAGAACCGUGAAAUCGUGGAGUUGGCUCUCAAAAACGAUAAGGCAAAGAAGCUCCUCAUUACAGGUGGAUCCGACUCGGCCGUUAAGGCCGUAUACCAGGCAAACCGAGUGGCCAGGGCAAGAGGGAUGCUAGGUUACCGACCCGAGCAGGGAAGAUUGGAGGCCAAGGCCCCUUUUAGCAGAAGCAAUUUAGAAUACCUCCGCUAA